AUGCCCCUCUUCAAACUACCAUUGCUGCUACUACUGGCCAUUUCUUGCUUUCAGUGUGGCAAUGCUGUCAGGUUUGCCUACAAUAAUGGCUUUACUGCUUCAGAAAUACGGCUUUGUGGCAGUGCAAUGCUAGACUCCUCUGCUAUUUCUCUCACCCAAUAUACCCCUUUCUCCGUCGGAAGAGUUCUCUUCCCCUUUAAGAUCUCCACAAAGGUUCCAAACUCAACUCUAGUUCGAUCGUUUAAAACAUCUUUCACCUUCUCGAUCACCCCCUACAAGAAUCAACUUCCCGGCCCCUUCAUCUUUGUACCUUCCGCAGGCAUUGAAGACGCUGCACCAGCUCAGUAUCUUGGCUUUUUGAAUAAAACCAGCAACGAUAAUCCCAAUACCCAUGUCUUUGGUGUUGAAUUCGACUUGUUUAGAAAUCAAGAAUUUCAAGAUAUCGAUGAUAACCAUGUUGAUAAUUACAUUAAGGUAACAAUGGCUCCUUCAAAGAUGAAGAAGCCUCGAACGCCAUUGCUUGAGAUGGAAAUUGACCUCUAUGAUUUAGCUGACGAAAUGCUUAAACACCCGACGUGCAUGCAAGCUGAUCUCGACAGCCAGGGUUCUAUGUUUAUGUUUUUGGAGCUGAGGGUUUUAGCUUGGCCAGAAGUUUAUAGUGGUUUUUACAGUGUAUUUGGAAAUGAGUUCUUGAUUGAAAGUGGUUAUGGUGGAGGUGCCGGGGUGUGGUAG